AUGAGGAACUUCACCGUGGUCACACUUUUACUUCUAUGCAGCUUAUGCUGGAUCUGCAUCUCACUUUCUGAGUCUCAGACUGUGGAGGUUCAGUCGGGUGAAGAAGUCACACUGCUGUGCUCCAACUUUUCAAGUUCUCCCACUCAGAUAUUUUGGUUCAGAGUGGUCAGGAGAUCCCAGCCCCACUGUGUCUCCCACAUGUUCAAGCCUCGUGAGCCUGCUUCACUCUGUGAUGGAUUUCAAAAUGGAAGUUUUGAAAUGAGCGCCAACAUCUCCACAGUUUUUCUCAAAAUCAAACAAGUGAAUUCAUCUGACUCUGGGCUGUAUUUCUGUGGCUAUUACAUAAGCAAAAAACCAGUUAUUGUGGAUGCAACAUAUUUAGAGGUUCAAGAGUUUGAUGGAACAACAAAGCUGACGAGUGUGAUCCUGGGAGGUCUGAUUAUUUUCCUCAUUAUGGUCAUCAUUUGGCUGGCUGUUAAAAUCAGAAAGCUUCACAAAGCUCAUGUUGAAGAACAGAAUCCACAACAGACAGAGACUCAGAGCUCAGAUGACCUGAACUAUGCAGCUGUAACCUUUCGUCCAAAAUCAAAAAGAAACCACCAGCCUGCACCAGACAGAGAAGUGAAGCCAAAUGCUAUUUAUUCAGCCACCAGAUAGGAAGCACCUGAAAC